ACCGAGCUUCGCGCCUUCCUCGGCUUUGGUAGGCUGAGUGGUCGGAGAGGGAGAGCAGAGCACCAGUUUCUCUUUUACAUAUUCAUUUAUUUAUUUUGGUCUGUGAAUUUAAAGGGGAAAUAUCCAGUUUUUUGGUAUUCUCGGUGAAUUUUCUGCAGAAAAAAAGGUAGAGAUGCCAAUUGUGCGGUUUCAGGCCGGAGACACUGUGAUGGGCCGCUGGCCCGGCAGUAACCUCUACUAUGAGGUCAAAGUUCUGAGUUACUCUGCCAAGUCUCAGCUCUACACCGUCAUCUACAAAGAUGGCACAGAACUGGAACUGAAGGAUGCAGAUAUUAAGAGCAUGACCGGAUUCAGGCAGGGGUCUGGCCGCUCUCGUUCCCGCUCCCGCUCUCCUGCUCGUACUCGCCGAAGUCGUUCACGCUCUCCAGCGAGAACACCUCGCCGCUCUUCAGCGCACACCGCUGAGAGACGCAAAGACAAACUUAAAGAUGUGCUGGAGGUGUGUCUCUCGCCUGUGACAAUGCCGCUGGUGAACAAUAGCAACAAUGAGCACGAAAAGAAAGAAGAGAAUGACAGAGCCAGCAAAGAGGUUGAGAGGGUAAAGGAGGAAGGCGAGAACCAGGUAAGUAGCCGCUACAAUCUACGCCGCAGGAAGGACCAGGGGGAGGAGCCAACGAUAGAGCAAAAGAAUGCAGAGCCAGUCGUGUUGCUGGCUGCACCACAGCAGACCAGCAAGACCAUCGAGCUGGAGUUUGGAGGAAGAAUCGGUGCAUUCUUUUUGCUGCUGCUGCUUCCUGUGGUGGUUCUGGCACUGCUUAUUCUCUGUGGCCAGAAGGAUUCUAGUCUCCUCAGCUUUCCUCGCAUGCUUCCCCCACUUGACUCUCUGUGGGACUGGCAGGUUUUUGGCAUCACACUCCUUUGGCUGCUCUUCCAGGCUGUCCUCUUCCUGCUCCCUAUUGGCAAGGUUGUUAACGGAAUGCCUCUGAAGAAUGGAGAAACACUGACGUACAGAAUUAAUGGAUUUUAUGCACUGAUCAUCAGUGGUGUAGCAGUAGGCACCAGCGUAUAUAAUGACGUGGAUCUUGGCUAUAUCCACAAUCAUUUCCUCCAGUUCUACACCUCAGCCCUGCUCAUCUCCAUCCUCCUCAGCAUCUACCUGUUUGUCCGUUCUCGCUGGACCACUGACGAUGAGCGUGCUCCAGCUGGCAACUCUGGUUAUGUGAUCUAUGAUUUCUUCAUGGGACGUGAGCUGAAUCCACGAAUCAAAGGUUUUGAUAUCAAAUUCUUCUGUGAAAUGCGUCCAGGACUUAUUGGUUGGCUUGUGAUUAACUUUGCCAUGUUGCAUACUGAGAUGAAACUCCAGAAUCUUGACACCCCGUCCUCAGCCAUGCUGCUUGUGAAUAUCUUCCAGUUGCUCUGGGUUGCUGAUGGCCUUUGGCAUGAGGAGAAACUUCUAACCAUGAUGGACAUAGUGUAUGAUGGCUUUGGGUUCAUGUUGGCGUUUGGAGAUCUGGCCUGGGUUCCAUUUACUUUCACUUGUCAGUCAUAUUACCUUGCCAGUCACUCCAGUGACCUCUCUGUGUUUUGGAUUCUGUCCAUCAUCUUAAUGAACACAGUCGGCUACUACAUAUUCCGGAAAGCCAACUCACAGAAAUUUGCUUUCAGAAGAAAUCCAGACGAUCCCACCGUGUCUCAUCUGAAAACGAUUCCAACUGCAACUGAAAAGAGCCUUAUCGCAUCUGGUCUCUGGGGUUUUGUUCGCCAUCCGAAUUACCUCGGUGACCUCCUCAUGGCUUUGGCCUGGUCCCUGACGUGUGGUUUUAAUCACAUAAUUCCUUAUUUUUAUGUGAUUUACCUGCUCGUCCUGCUGGUCCACCGGGAGGCGCGAGAUGAGCAUCAGUGUAGGAAGAAGUACAGUGUGGCAUGGGAUCAGUAUUGCAAAGCAGUGCCUUACCGUGUUUUCCCUUGGAUCUACUGAGAACUCUCUCUCUCUCUCUCUCUCUCUCUCUCUCUCUCUCUCUCUCUCUCUCUCUCUCUCUCUCUCUCUCUCUCUCUCUCUCUCUCUCUCACACACACACACACACACACACACACACACACACACACACUUCCAGAGAGACAUUUGGUCCAUACAGAAUUUCCUGUAGAGCAUCUGAAUGAAAAUCUUAAUCCUGAGAGCAAGAACACAACUGACGUGGUCUCUGGGCAGAUAUUUGGGUCCAAGGAUAAAAAAGUAAUCAGAAUUUUUUGUAAAAAAGAUAUUAGAAUCUCACCCCAGUUCAAUGCUCUUCUCUGUACAUAGAUGUACAUAAAUGUUUUUUACUUAAGCAAUUUUUAAUCACCUUCUAUAACCAAUUUGUUUUGCCUUUAAUUUCUUGGUGUAAUUCUCUUAAACGUACACUUUAAUUCAUUUUGUAUAUUAUGUUUGAUGGGAUAUUGAUUUAAUGAUUGUUUUUUUUUUAUUAUUCUUCAUUUUUGUCCCUGUAUAGUAAAAACAGUUAUGCUCAGGACCAUUGCUUUUAUGAGAAUUUGUUUUUGUUUGAAUUAUUUUUGAUUGAAGUUCUUAUUUAAGGCAGAUUGUUUUAAAAUAAUUUUUAACUGAUCUGUGCAAAGAUGUUUGUUUAAGCCAAAUGCUUUUAAAGAAUUUUCAUAUUCUUUAUUUUAUUUUACAUUUUGUUCUGUGACAGUAACUAGUGCUUUGUUUUCUGUAACAUAUAACGCAUGGCAGGAGAGAUCACAUCACUGUUCAUUUGUACUUUAAAACUUUGUUCUUCAGUACAAAUACUCUGAGUAUUUCAGUGUCCAAAGUCUACUUGAUAAAGAGAGUAAAUCAGGCUGAUUAAAUGUGAAAUAAAUUGCCAUGAUGUUUGAAAUAUAGAUUGUAAUGACUUGGCAAAAAGGUUUAAAAUGUAAGAAACAAUUUGCACAGAAGAGUUUUAUUACUUAACCUGUAGUUUCUUAAUAAAAUGGGUUGAUCAGAAUACUGGGUUGUGUUUAACAGCUCAAUGUUUCAUUAACUGCAAAUUAUUUUCAUUCAUGCACAUUUGAACCUUUUUAUUCUUAUUUGAUGAUCUUUAAUUAUUGCUGUUGCUUUCUUUUCCUUAACCAUUGUCUUUUGGCGAGUUGAAAAGCGCUUGUGAAAUGUUCUGUUUGUUCUUUGGGUAAAUGUCACAAGGAGUUUUUUAGACAGUAAAAAGCAGAUGUUGCAUUGGAUUUUUUUGCCAAAAAAUAAAAUAUUUUGUGUAGCCUA